AUGUAUCGGCAAGUCAUUUUGCAUCCCGAUGAUCGAAAAUUGGUUCGCCUCUUCUUCCGCUUCUCACCGCAUUCGCCGAUUGAAUUGUACGAGUUGAAUACUGUGACAUAUGGUUUGUCUCCAUCAUCGUUCUUGGCCACUCGUACAUUGUUGCAGCUGGCGGAAGAUGAAGGUGCUGAUUAUCCACUUGCUACACCUGCGCUGAAACACAAUUUCUACGUUGACGACUUCAUUGGUGGAGCCAACAGCGUGGAUGAAGCUCGCAAGCUUCGUCAGCAGCUAUCUGAGUUGCUAUCCAAGGGAGGGUUUGAGCUCAGAAAGUGGACAUCCAACUGUUUGGACGUGCUUACCGGUUUACCAGUGGAACACAUCGGCACACAGUCAUCGCUGCAGUUUGCGCCGAACGAGACGGUAAAGGCACUUGGCAUCGCUUGGAAGCCCGAACUCGACGUUUUGUGUUUCGAGUCGACGGUAACAAUGGAAACCACCAGCAUCACCAUGCGGUCCAUAUUGUCAAACAUUGCUCGAAUGUUUGAUCCUCUUGGGUUGAUCGCUCCAGUCAUCAUACGCGCGAAACUGCUGAUGCAGGAGUUGUGGCUGCAGAAAAUCGGGUGGGAUGAUCCGGUUCCUGCACAUAUCUGCAACAAAUGGAAAUCGGUUACUGACGACUGGAAGGAUUUGGCUGACUUCAAAAGUGAACGUUAUGUGCUUUUACCUAACUCUGAAAUACAGUUCCAUAUAUUUGCAGACGCGUCAGAGGUUGCAUAUGGUGCCUGUAUUUACGCUCGUUGUGAGGACCAGCAGGCACAGGUACGAGUGACUCUGCUCGCGUCGAAAUCUCGGGUGGCUCCACUGAAACGUGUUACGUUACCGAGAUUGGAGCUUUGCGCAGCCGUGCUAGCAGUACAUCUGCAUCAUCGUGUUCGACGGGCGAUGAAAAUCGAUGCGACCGAAUCGGUUUUCUGGUCGGAUUCAACUGUGACGCUAAACUGGAUUGCGUCUCCACCCAACACCUGGAAAACAUUCGUGGCGAAUCGUGUUGCUGAGAUCCAGAAUUAUUCGCAUCCCCGACAAUGGAAGCACAUUCCCGGUACAUCGAAUCCUGCAGACCUGGUGUCCCGAGGGAUGUCCGCAGCUGAGAUGCUGAAAAGUUCGAUGUGGCGUUGUGGUCCCGAUUGGUUGGCUUUACCUGCCUCUAACUGGCCUAUUUCGAAUCCAUCACUGGCUACUGAAACGGAUAUGGAAACUCGUCAGAACGAUCAGCUACAAAACGUCAUCGCAUCCAAAUGUUCCGACUUGGGUAUCACUUGGCACUUUACCCCACCUAAGGCCCCACAUUUCGGUGGAUUGUGGGAAGCCGCGGUAAAGACGGCCAAACGACAUCUCUAUCGGCACCUAGGCAGUUCGAGGCUGUCGUAUGAAGGGUACUGCACCAUUCUGCAGCAGAUAGAAGCGGCAAUGAACUCGCGUCCUUUGUUGCCGCUGACGGAUGACCCGAAUGAUCUGGCGGCGCUUACUCCUGCGCACUUCCUUAUUGGCACGUCGAUGCAUGCGGUGCCUGUUCCCGACUACACCCGCUUGAAGGCCUACACGUUAGACGAAUUGCAGAGCUGGCAAUUGCUUGUUCAACGCUUCUGGAAGCAUUGGGCAACAGAAUAUCUGCAGGAGAUGCAGAAGGAUAACAAGGUGGUGAACCGUAGUGAGAUAGUACCUGGCAGACUGGUCAUCCUAGUGGACGAUUCGCUUCCCAUCACCCGAUGGCCCCUCGCACGCAUUGUCGAAAUACAUCCCGGAGAGGAUCAGCUUACGCGUGUGGUGAAGCUGAAAACGGCGAAAGGUAUAAUUACGCGUCCAGUAACUAAAAUUUGUCUGUUACCUGUUGCGAAGCCGUCUGCUUAGUAGCACGUGUAACUUGUUUUGUUUUCUUUAUGACGUUCUGUCAUGGGGGGGAGUAUGUUGACGCGUAGACGUCAAGAGGGCCAUUUGACGAAAGCUAGUUUCGUCAAGUGAGUAGUGAGAAAAUAGUGAGUAGUGAGAUGGUCUCUCACGAUAGGAACACUCAUGAAAAAACUUAUAAAUAGGGCUAGAAAAAUGGAAUAAAUCCUCUUACAUUUUGGAACCUCGAAAAACUACAACCUGUUUGGUAAAUAUCGCAACAAAAAAUCGAUCCGAAAUUUCGCGAAGCUGUUCAAUGGGU